AUGGCUGCUCUACGUAGCUCCGAACAGGGAGGACAGAGUUCUCUACUAUCAAAUCUCCCGACCGAGAUUGUGAUUCAAAUUAUGAAGCAUUCUUUGGAUUUCUCAUGUCUUUGGGCUCUCGUCAAAGCGUCGUCACGUUUCAGCUCGAUAUUGAUGGCAUUUGCCUGGGAGAUUGUUGAAGAGGUCAUGAUAGAAACAACACCUCCUUGCACUCAGAUCAUGAUGAAACUAGCAUUGAUAAUCCGCACAUCACCGGACUUUUUCACCGGGCUUGAUGAUGUCAGCCAUUAUGCCAUUGAGAGAAAGCAGUUGAAGUCUUUUCCGCAUCAGCAAAUAGCACCGCAAUUGUUGCGCGAGUUUGUGCAACUAGCUCACAAUAUCCAUGCCGUAGCACAUGCCUGCUUGGAUUUCUAUUUGAAGAGAUUGAAAUACUUGAAACCACAGCGUAUAUCUGACACUGAUGUCGAAAACCAUGAGAGGAGGCUAAGUGUGUUAUACUCCGAGCAUCCGUUACCGGGACAGCCGUUUCAGCCAAAUCUGGACUUCGGGCCUCCCACUUAUCUGGAAGAGCAAAGAGCUGUACGACUAUUGUGGCAAUAUCAAGUAUUCCUGGAUGUUAAGGCCGCUGGCAGGAGACAGGCGCUGGCCCAUUGGUCAGAAAGGGACCACAAUAUUCUCGCACUGCCAAUCGUUUCUCGACUCAUCCGCUCAAUCUAUGAGAGGUACCAAAUCGAUCCCGUGUUUGAAUUUGUAAACGAGAUCACAGGUGGCCGAUCUGGCCAGCCCAAAAAUGCACUCAACAACCUAGAGAAAGCACUGCUGCAAGAGAAAGCACUAGCCCACUUCUUGCGCUGCCCACCCGUGUCUAUAUACAGCAGGAGCUAUUAUCUGCCGUGUUUUCCCAGACCCGAUCUACUGGUAGAAAACUUCCCCGCUAUAGGGAGGCUUGUUAAUAUUAAUACCACAAUUAAAGAAAGUCCGGGUGGUUGGCAGUUCUAUUUCAACAUGGUUGCUAAUCGACAGAAUUCUUCUCCCCUCAAAAUGGGCCUCUUCAAACCAUGGAGCAAGUUUGGAUUUGAAUUUUGGGACGAUGAUCGAAUGGUAGACUUAGGCUUUCUACCACCUAGACACUUGCGCUACGGGUCAGAUAGCUGCAGUGAAGCUUAUUGGUUUGUAUGGAGAAGUAUUCUUACGCCAGAGGAGGAUGCUGAAAGAAGAUCGGAUGUUGCAAAACGUCAAAUAUACCCGUGGUCAUAUUCGCCAUCACCAAAGGCAAAUGUGUAUCCUGAAAUCAAUGUUGUCUUUGCCCAUACACACCCACUCCUGUACCGCCCAUUCCGCCUCUACCCCAUCGGACCUCAUGCCGAUGCACAGAUAAAAACGGACCUCGUUCAAUGGUUGUCUCAUUGCAGUGACAAAUCUUCAGAAGCAGCUUGCCUGUUAACUAAUGAGUGCCGUUCCCUCUUUCAGCGUGGUCUUUUCUUGCGUCGCUUCGGGUUGGUAAACUAUGCCCAAUUCGCCGCUAUUGGCACUCUAUCCAUGUAUUCUGACUUGCAACUCAACGAUACCGGUAUCCGAGUGGUCGCGGACGAAGCGCUUGCUCAAUUUCCCUCGGGACUUGAAGGAGAUCUUGUUGCCCAGAGAUACCUUCACAUUCUUCGGGAUCUACAAAAGGUCACGCUACAAUUCAGCAUGAAUACCGGCAGUAUAUCAUCGAACGAGUCCAUGGUGGGUGACGCAGCCAGCGCGGAAUAUCCUGCUUUCGAUGAGGCCCUGUUUCAGCGCGAGGAUUCAUUUUGCUCUGUGGUUCUUGAUACUGUAUUCAUGGAUAUUCCUAUUUCCCGGAGUGAAUCUUAA